AUGGGCAAUUCAAUCUCUUACACCACUUCAGACUGUCAUGUCAACAUCCCAAAUCAUGGAUCUCUCAAAGGUCUUCAGUUCGAUUCCAAGUCCCGUCGCUUCGCAGGCGUUCCCUACGCUCAACCUCCCGUCGGGAAUCUACGAUGGCGAAAACCUCAGCCUUUUCCAAAAACAUAUCGAUACCGAUCUUUGGAUGGUUUGCCUUUUGAUGCGACGGAUUUUGGACCUGUUUGUCCUCAGGCGAAUUACUCCAAGAACGUUAGCGAGCAUAUCCCCAAACAUGCAUACAGCGAGGAUUGUCUAAGACUCAAUAUUUGGACGCCUGUGCCUGAUCCGAGCGAGCCGAAUAAGAAAUGGCCUGUUGUGGUUUGGUUCCAUGGUGGUUGGUUCCAGGUUGGAGAUCCCAGUCAGGAAGAGAGUAUGGAUCCAACUGAGCUUAUAUCGACUGGCGGAUUACAAGCUGUGUUUGUAGCCGUCGGUUACAGACUCAAUGUCUUUGGGUUUCUCGCUGGAAAGUCUCUGCUAGAAGAGUCUGGUGGUGAGGCUGUUGGAAACUAUGGUCUUUGGGACCAACGUCUCGCUAUGGACUGGGUAUACGAGAACAUCGCUGCCUUUGGGGGUGACCCUCAAAACAUCAUCCUCGCGGGACGCAGUGCGGGAGCUUACUCUGUGCUUGCGCAAGCACUCUAUGACUUCCGAGGCAAAGAGUCGCAUGGCCGUUUUACAAGAAUGAUCAUGUACUCUAAUGCCAUUCCGACACAACCCAAGACUGUUCAAGACUGCGAGGAACAGUUCGAUGAGCUUUGCGAGUACUUUGGCAUACCAACAGACAUUAGUGGCGCAGAGAGGCUACGUAAUCUGAGGAGUAUUAGUGCCGAUGAUAUCUCUGCUGCUAUCAUGGAGCUGAAGAACCAUACCUUUCGUCCCGUAACGGAUGAUCUGUUUAUUCACUCGGGUAUCUUUGACUACUAUCGCGACGGGUCAUUCGCGCGUGAGUUCAAGAAACGCGGACUCAAGCUCUACAUCGGCGAAGUCCUUGAUGAAGAUACCCUCUACGCCGUCACAAACCCUCCCGAUCCCAACUUCUCUUCUCUUCAGAUGCAAAUAUCCAAUUAUUACCCUCCUCACGUCACUGAUCGUCUCCUCAAGCAUUAUUCCCUUCCACAAACAAAAGACAAGAAAGCAUGGCAGCAGAUCUUUGGGCGUAUCAUUGCCGAUGGCCAAGUCAGAGCUCCAUCGCGAUACCUAGUGGAUAAUCUGGUUCACAAUGGCGUUGACAUCAAGAAUGUCUGGAGAUAUCUCAUUGCAUAUCGCUUGUCGUUCAUAACGAAUGAAGUUGCUCCAGCCUCGUUUGGUGUGAGCCAUGCUAUGGACAGGCCUAUAUGGAAUUACUCUAUUACGCAUGGGCCAACGCCUGCAGAGAGAGAUCUCAUGGACGCAUGGAUAAGGGAUCUCAGGGCUUUCGUUAAUGAUGAAGAGGGGUAUGUGUUCGGCACGGAGCUGACUACAGAGUAUAAAGUCAUGCAACCGCAAGGAACUAUUGCCAUCGAACGGGAUGGACGAUGGGAAGAGCUUCUACAGGUCAUGGAUAUCUUUAGCGCAUGA